ACUCCCACCGUGAGGUAUUAGCCUGUGAGUCAUGGAACGUUACGAAACGCCUGAUCUACGAGUAACUCUUUAUGAAAAUGGAACCUCGAUUCGAGACAUUGCUAACGAGAAGGUUAAAGACGAAGACCAAGAUGAACCAAAAAGAGAGGAUGUAGAUGAUCCAUUCUACCUCUACGACCUCGGCGAUGUAGUGACCAAAGACAAGUUGUGGGCGAAGUUAUUGCCAAAUGUCGAAGUAUUCUUUGCCGUGAAAAGCAACCCGGAUCCAGUGAUCAUUCGUCUCUUGAUUGGACUUGGUAAAUCGUUUGAUUGUGCUAGCAAGAAAGAGAUCAAAAUGGUUCUAGAUCUAGGAGCAAGCGCUGAUCGCAUUAUCUUCGCUCAUCCCUACAAACAAGAAUCGCAUCUUCGUUUUGCGAAAGAGAAAGGAGUACGACUCAUGACAUUUGACACGGCGGAAGAACUGCAGAAAGUCAAACGGGUUCACCCUAAAGCGCAGCUCGUACUUCGUAUACGUUAUGACGACGACACGGCUACAAUUAAGUAUGGAGCAAAAUUUGGUUGUCGCGGGGAAGAAGUACGCCCCCUCCUGGAGAUUGCCAAGAAACUAGGACUAGAUGUCGUUGGUAUCAGUUUCCAUGUAGGCAGUGAGUCUUCCAACCCUCAGAUUUUCAGGGAUGCAAUUCGUUUCACUCGGCCGUUGUUUGAUAUUGGCACAUCUCUCGGAUUUAACAUGAAGCUGCUAGACCUGGGUGGUGGGUUUCCCGGAAGAUUGUACCCAAAGGCAACCUUCGAUAAGUUUGCAGACGUCAUCACCCGGGCACUAGACGAACAUUUCCCCGCCAGCAGUGGCGUGCGAAUUAUUGCCGAACCGGGAACAUUUCACACUCGUUCAGCAGGAUACCUAGUGGCGAAUGUCAUUGCCAAACGUGUGAACAAAGUUGACAUCAAUGAACGGCGUGAAAGAGUAUCAGAUGGCGAUGAACCGUUCAUUUGGAUAUACUACUUGAACGUUGGUGUUUUCAGUGGAUUGAAUGGGAAACUGUUCGACCCCGAAUAUUUCGACCUUCCAGAACCCUUACACGAACCACUUAGAAACCGCGAUUUGAAGCCAUCUACAAUUUUCGGGCCAACUUGUGAUUCUAAUGACGUCAUCAUGGCUAACUGUAUGUUGCCUGAGUUGGACACUGGAGAGUUUGUCUUGUUCCAUGAUAUGGGAGGCUAUACCGCUACGUGUGCAUGCGAUUUUAACGGUUUCAGCCUGCCGCCAACGUGGUACAUUGCACCCAAAGAGAUCCGACUCGUUCUGGAGAAGACUUUUCCAGCACAAUAGACUUUUGGUUUAGGCUUAAGCCAGAAGUCAGUUCCCGAGUGAAAGUCUGACGUUGCAAUAGGGUGUGCAACCAAUUCCCAGCUUUUCGUCAUGAUGGAUGUUCAUGGUCGGGGCAGUAUAUUGUUGAUGUACCCUAACGUGGCACGGCCCCUAUAACGUGGCACACUUUGAUUUUUUGCCUG